AUGGCGUUUCGAAAUGAGCGAAGUCCUCGUAGAGAAGUUGAUUUAAACCUAUUUAGUCAUUGUGUAAAAGAUAUCUGCCAUGUUUUUCAAGUUGAGAGUCUAAAGAGCGGUCAGUGUGAUGCUUUAUAUAAUUUUAUGCAAAAUACUGACGUGUUUGUGAACAUGCCAACUGGUUCUGGAAAGUCCCUAGUAUUUCAUCUUGCCCUGUUAGCUGAAAUGUGGAUGUAUUCACAUGCUCCCAACGCAAAUAUAUGGACAAAAGAGCCAAUUAUUAUUAUUAUUAGUCCUCUUAUUACCCUUAUGAAGGAUCAAGUCAAGCGUUUGAAUGAGGUAAAAUAUAUACAAUACGUUUUUAAUAUAUUUAUCUCGAAUAUUAAUAGUCUUUUAUUCAUAUUCCGGUCAAUGAUCAAUCACUGUGUUAUUUUAAUGUCUAUUUUAAUAUCUUCACCUAUUUCUUAAACACAUUCAAGGAAAACACAACUUCAAUGUAAAAGAACAGGAGGCGGAUACUCCACUACAUUUUACACAAAAUGAGUUUAUACCUGUAUUAAUUUAUUAAUGUAGAACAGAUAUAAAUGGGCCAGAUUGUGGAUGUACUCAGACCUUCCAACUUGGUAACUUGAAAAUGAGUGAGAAACCGAGGUGUCGGAGUGGCUCUAGCAAUUGGGGCCCAAAUUGGGCCAUUCCAUUUAAUAUAGGCACCCCCCCCCUAUUGAGGGUCCCUUCAUAAUCCCCUUAGGAUAUAAAAAUUUUUAGAACACCCUUGGAUGUGAUUUUUGGAACUUACCCCCAUGGAUAUCUUUAUACCCCCUUCUGGAUAUCGUUUUUACCCCCUUGGAUAUCAUUAAAACACCUAAUUUUUGCUAUUUUUUUAACAUUUCUUAAGCUACUACCCUCUAGGAAAUUUUAAGAUAAAAAACCCCCUCCCCCCAUAGGAUUUCCAGAUCCCUCAAUAGGGGGGGGGUGCAGAUAUGAAAUGGAAUGGCCCAAUGAGCACCAUGCACCAAAGGUGUGAGACUUUCUAUGGGGGUCGGUUGAUUCACUGAAAUGCCAUAUUUUAUACACUUUAAAAGGAUAAGAUUUACAUAAUUCUAAAUUAACACACAAAAAUGUCAUGAAAAAUCUCAAAAGACAACACUAUUCAGACAUAUUUUAAAAAUUAUCUAUAUUGGAGUUUAUUUAGUAUAUCCUCCUUUUGUCGGUGCACAACAACUGUUCAAGAAAUUAUUCAUGUUUUACCUAUUGAUUUAUCUGAAUUUAUGUACCAAAAAACGGUGGGAUUUCUUAUAACAUAGGAGGUUGUCUACUAGGUUAUCAUACAACAAUGCGUGAUAAAAUAGUAUCUAUGCAUGUGAGCGUAAGAAAGAUGUUAAAUGUGUGAGCUAAACGUGUGAAAGUUGGUAUGUCUGUACUUUUUUAAAACAUAUGAUCAUUAUAAUGUUUUUUUUUCUUGUUAGAUUGGUCUUAAAGCUGCAUGUGUAGGUUGCGAAGAAACAGAGAGAGGUAUGUUCAUGUUACCAGAGUCGUGUCUCUCAAAUCAACGGUGGCGAUUCGUGUUGGAAAGAAAAAUAUACCAGGAUAGACUGAUUGGUAUUGUGGUAUAUGAAGCUCACUAUGUAGUUGAAUGGGGUACAUCAUCAAAUAACAAGAGAAAAACAGCGUUUCGUGUGUGGUAUUCGAAACUAAAUGAGUUGAAAUCAUUGAUAGGAUGUGAUAUACCAUUUUUGGCUUUAACAGCUACAGCAACAAAGAAGACUAAACAGAAAAUAUUUGACAUUUUGGAAAUUAGCAAUCCUUAUGAAAUUUCUGAAGAUCCCAAUCGCCCAAACAUUUUGUAUACUGUGGAGAAAAUGGAUGGUACUAUAUAACAGAUCAAUUUUUAUUCUUAGUAAAUGAGCUUAAAGAACAUGGUAGAUGCACAAUUCGAACAAUUAUAUAUUGUCAAACUAUUAAACAGUGUUCAGUUAUAUUCAAUGUCUUAAACGUUCAACUAGGUCCUAAGAUAUUUUGUGAUGGCAGCACUGAACCACAAAUGCGGUUAUGUGAAAUGAUGUAUUCAUGUAGUCCAGAGAGUGUAAAGAAUCAUGUUUUAAAUCAGUUUUCUGUUGCACACAGCCACUUAAGAGUGCUGAUUGCUACAACUGCAUAUGGAAUGGUAGUAAACUCAAAGAAUGUCACAAGAGUCAUUCAUUUUGGCCCUUCAAAGUCAGUAGAUGCAAGAAAGUGGUACGUGUGGAAGAAAUGA